GCGAGAGAGUAGCCGAUGUUCGCAGUGGUCGAGAGCGGAUCAGGAGGAGGCCUCUCUCACUCCGCCGAUCUUCAUCCCUCUCCUUCCGUUCGUUCCGCGGUGCGGAGGCGCCGACUCACUAGCUAGAGAACUUGAGCCUCUCCUGCGGAACAUCCCCGGCAGUUUCACGUCGACGGUCAUCCGGAUCGACUCGUCGUGGCCAAGGUCGACGAUCAUAAAGAGAAGGAUCCUCAUCACAGGUCACGAGGAGACGAAAAAUUGGGAAACGAUCAUGAGUGAGGCUCGACGCGGUGCUCGCGAAUGACAUUAGUGACGCGAGAAUUCUUGUGAUAGAUUCCGAUUCAAGUACUUAAAAACAGUGACAUGAUAGUGAAAAUUCAUCAAACAAUCGAGAUUUAUUUGUGCAAGGGUGGCAGUCGGUUGAAAUUCAUUCUGGAGCACGUGAAGCGAUUGGAAGACAAGAAGCAGAACAAAUGACGUCAACAGGCAACGCAACGGACAAUAAGAUUCACACAUACGAGUGAUAACGUUCGGAUGAAACAUGUCGACGUUAGGAAUAUCCUGCUACGAGGAUGGAUUUCGAUUAGGCGGACCGCCAUCGGAAUGUUCCCUCAGGAGCAAGGCGCAGAUCGACGCACUGUUCGAGGAUUCCAGGUCGAUCUGCAGCUCUACCUUGAGAGGAUGGUACGCCGGCUUGUCCACCGUGAUCUCAACCAACCCCGACGAUGGGAGCGCGGAGGAGCAGAGAAGGGUGAACAGCGCGGUCCAGGCACGCAUCGAGGCGAUGUUCGCCUCGGUGGAGGCUGAAAGUGGAACGCCCGGUGAAUGCGCCGCUGCUAUCUUGCCGGUAAGAUACAUGGGAGCUGCUCCAGUUGGUGGACGCGUGGCGAGCGUGCGCGGUCUUCAAGAACCUCUUCGUCAAUUGCUGGAACGCAUGGAAGGGUACGUAAGGGCUGAACUGGAAGUCUCGAGGCGUGGGCUGACGUUCCGCACGAGCGAUAUCUGCGAGAAGAACAACCCUUUCCGCAGAAUAGCGGUAUGGAGUGCAUUGAGGCUUCGAUGCAAGAGGGUACCAUCGGGUGAAAUGCACCACGCCUUCCUGCCUUUGGUUGGCGAUCAAGAUCAGGGACAGACGUUGGAAGACAAACAUGCUGAUCUCUACAGGACAAUGCGCGGUUUAAAAAGCGAUGCAGACUGUUAUCCUCCGAUCUUCGCCGUGGUGAUGCGUCGACCUGGUGCUGCCAGACUCUUGGAAUGUCACGCAUUCGCCUGCGAAUCUGAGGAAGACACCAUAGCGGCCGCGGCCACGUUGUAUCGCGCGCUUCUCGCCGAUCUAGACGCGAACCGACGACGACCUCGCCACGCGAACGGCGUCGGCUGCAUCAGUUUGGCCUCCGUUGCUUCUAGCGUUGUUGAACCCAGUUUGAGCAGCAGAAUCAACUGCUUGCUACCUCCACCUCCUAGACCAAACGCACCACAUCCCAUAAGACCGCCUAGAACCAAGAAGACCUCCAUGAGCAGCUCCGUCACAGAGGAUGAAAGCGCGAAGCCUAGCUUGCAGAAGGUCCCUCGUAGGAAGAAGAAGAACUCCGACGUGAAGGCGGAAGACAUUCUUGAAGCGCGCGGAAGGAGACGGGAUAAUGUCAAGGUUGAGAAGAGCAAUCUGGGACAAAGCAAUCGAGACAUUACGCUAUCUAGGAAGGAGGAACUGCAAAAUUCGAAGAACAGAAUAUUUUCCGGUAAGGAUCAGAACUCCUUAAGGAUCGAGAUCGAAUCCAGUAAGUCUGAAAAGAUUUACGAUGCUCGAGAAAACGACAUGAACGGUAUUUACGACAGGCAAUCGAAUAAAUACGAGAAACUAUACAAGCAGAGCAAUUUGAAGAAAGAAUCAGUAGAAAUGAAAGAAAAUAUCUAUGAAAAGGACUAUAGAUCGUAUGACUUGAGUCGAGCGGACUUUAGUAACGUUACUGGCGAUCAACUGUACUCUUCCAGGAAGGCGGCCGUGAUGUAUGACAAGAUCAACAAGGCUGAAAGGAACGAGGUGAGCCGUGCUUACGAGAAAGUCGCCAGGAAGAAAGAGAAUAUUUAUAGCUCGCGUAUUGAAGACGCCGAUAAGAUCUAUAGCCUCGGGCAGGAGGACAUUUACACAAGCAAGGGUAACAGAAGCAAUCAGAAAAAAAGUUGUCAGGAAGACAUCUUCUUCGCAAACAACUUGAAGAACAGCGGCUACUAUCAGGUGCAUCAGAAUCAGCCGGAUGAUGUAACGGAUCAUCCGAGACGCUCGAGAGAUCCGGAGAGGGUAUAUCCUAGCAAGAAGCUCAGUAGAGUAGUCACCAUGGACAAACCGUUGAAGAAGGAACAAUCAGAUCCCGCUUACUCGUCAAACAUACCGGAAUACAGUCGCCCUCGGGUGAGAAGAAGAAGCAGAGCGGGCAGUGAACCGCCCGUUAGUCAUUCGGAGAACGCAAACAAGAUCCUGCAGGAGAGCGCGUUGAAGAGAUCACAGAGUGAUAUAGACAUGGACAGAGGAGAUUUGAUGACGAGAGUUGAGUUACCUAGAAGAGGGAGUUUCCUGACUUCCGGAAGCGCUCGCAGACCCAACAAUCUUAAAGGCGGCACUCCUCUAGGAUUUACAGAACUGUUCGACGAAUUCAGGAAUCAGGAGGGCUUGACCAGCGUGGACGAUAUCUUAACAGCCAUAAUAGAUCCGGAAGGCAUGUCGUUCAACGACCUGAAGCCACUCUACAAGGAAUUCUUGCUGAAACUGGCCGCGACCUUAACGCAAGAUGAGCUGUACCAGAGAUCCGCCAGCAUCAUGAGAAGACGUCGGAGACCGCAAAGGCGAAGAUCGAGCCGUCGGUCCUGUUUGUUGGGCAGAGCCAUCAAAAGAUCGGUCUCGCGACUGAAAGGUGGUCCCACAGAAUUUACUUCCGUGAUAUUUCCGGCGAGGAGAUUGAAUGACAGCUUCGGCAGCAGUUCGUCGUGCGACGCCAGAAAUAACCAUCGAAAUCGCGUGCUGGCGAGUAGACUUGGUAAAAGAAAGUCUUCGUGGAGGAUGAACAAGACUAGGGCAUGCCACACGACUUCGGAAGACAGUGAUACAUGUAGACGACUGAGUCGAAGCAUGGGUGCCACCGCGAACAGGAGCAGCAGUGGAUACGUGAGCUGCAGCGAAUGCAGCUACGAUUCCGAGUCGUGCACGUGUGUGUCGGCAGACAAGUGUUACUGUUCAUUAUCCAGAAGAGUACCAGCUACGCCCGCACCUGGGCACACGGUUAUCUGUGCCUGCGACACCGACAGUUGCUCCGAGAGUAACAAAUGUUACUGCGCGAGGAAGCCGAUACAAUCGAGCAUAUUGGAGCAACUUAGACAGAAGGGCAUUGUGCCCUCGGAGAGCACGCUGAGCAGAGGCGACAGUCCCGAGAGGAUCAGGAAUUCAAGAAUGACCAGUAGUCACAGUUCUUCGCGCAACACUGAUUUCCUCAAGAAUCGAUCGUCCCCGGUUUGCGGUAGUUCGGAUAAUUUGGCCUUAGAUUACGAUCUCUUCAGCCCAGGCAGAAGGUCUCAGCAGUCGUCCGGCAGCGAGAAGGUCCUCGUAGUUAGCGCCAGGGACACCCAGGGCCGUUUGGUUUACGUCGGCGGCACGGAACGGGACAAGAAGCAUUCCUCCCGCAGCAGCGGAAGAUCCGGGGCGCAUCACGAGGCGCUUUCCAUCAAGAAAAGCGCAGAGAUCGCCGCAAUUUUUGGCGCGGGUGAGAAUAAUAGGAUCUCCAGGAGAGCUAGUAACGCGUCGAGUGUAAGAAGCUCGGUCAGUCUCGAAGCUGGAUUGGGCUAUUUACCUUGAUGCAACGGUCUACAUUAGGUACAAGAGCUCGCAAAUAUUUUAUAUCUAAUAUAUAAUAAUGAUAGAUACGUGUCGUGACAUCUUGCCAUUCGCGUUUUGGUCGAAACAUGAUCUUUCGCGAACAUAUCGUGAUUUUGUCAGUUGUAUGUAAGAUACAACUGCUUACGCGUACCUGCUUCAUUUUGAUUUUAGUAUGUAAGUUACAGGAAUUAUUUAUAUUGAAGAUCACAACUUACUUAUACGAAUUAAGGCUCAAGCUAUUGAAUAUUUCUUUGCUACGUAGGACCUGAUAGCGUGUUAUUAGCGAUAAAACGGGGCAGUGCAAUAUGAUAGGUGCAAUACAAAGAGUACUUUCGUUAAAUAAUCAGGGGUAUAUCGUACGCGCAAUAUAUUCACAAGAUAUUUUACAUAUUUAUAUGACUUAUAUAAACUUUGCGCUAUGUGUCUUUAAUAAAAUCUUUAUCCAUCUUAUGGAA